GCUUUCCAGCAGAGCUCCACCCCUUCACCCCUCAACCCUCCUGACCGCAUUAGGGACGAAGGGUGUUCAUAAAAUGGAUGGAUGGAUUUACUUUGGAACUAAUUAUUUAGUUUCAGGCUAAAUAUUUAACUUGCUAACUAUUUACCAUUUGCAUUUUUAGCUUGAGGCUAAAUAUUUAGCUUGCUAACAAAAUAUUUGACUCCAAACUAAAUAUUUAGCUAACGAGCUAAAUAUUUGUAUUCAAACUAAAUAUUUAGUUUGUUAAAUAUUUGAAGAUAAUUAUUUAGAUUGCUAACUAAAUAUUAAGCAUCUAAGCAUUAUGCUAUAAAGAGAAACAUUUUGUUAUGAAGCUAAAUGUUGAGGUUGUUAAGUAAAAAUUAGCUAAAAACUUAGCUACCAGGCUAAAUAUUUAUAUCUACACUAAAUAUUAAGUUUGCUAAAUAUAUGAAGCUAAAUAUUUAGCCUGUUAGCUAAAUAUUGGUCUACAAACUAAAUACGUAGUUAAAUAUAUUAAUUAAAAAUAUUUAGCAGCUACGUAUUUAGCUUGUUAGCUAACAUUCAUUAGGAAGUUACUUUUGUGUCUCCUAACUAAAUAUUAAGCUAAGUAUCUGAAAGUAAUAAUUUAGCUUGAUAAAUAAAUAUUUUGCUCCAAACAUUUAGUUAGAAAGCUAAUAAUUUAGCUACUUCCAAGCUAAAGCUUGCUAGCUGUAAAAAAAAAAAAAAAAUUACAUUCAUUAUUAUAAAAUAUCUAAAGUAAUGUCAAAUUUAUUUAUGUCAUCAAAUAUUAUUCCAGUGUUGUUAUUCAGAUGCUACUAAGUAAUAAGGACAUAAUAAUCCAUAUCAAGAUUAUUGAAGGUAGCCUUCAUCAUAACAAUUUCCCGCCCUCUGACAUCAUCAUCAUCAUCAUCAACACGGAAGCAGCGGAGACCCGGGGGGGCAGGAGAGGUGCAGGGAGACGGAGAGGACAGAGACAUCCAGCUAAAGAGCCAGCGGAGACAGACAGGAGGACAGGACAGACGGGCAGGUGUCUGGGGAACAGCGGGACACUGAGACGCAUCGACGGGAACAUCAUGGCGCUGAUCCCCUCUCAGGUCCUGCGGGUCGCCAUCCUGCUGUCCUACUUCUCCAUCCUGUGCCACUACAAAGCGCUGGACAUGCCGGCGCACCAGACCUACGGAGGCAGCUGGAAGUUCCUCACCUUCAUCGACCUGGUGAUCCAGGCCGUGUUCUUCGGGCUGUGCGUCCUGAUCGACGUGUCCAGUCUGCUGACCAAAGGAGCCGACAGCAGGGAGCAGGAGCGCCAGCUGAAGAAGCUAAUCGGCCUGAGGGACUGGAUGAUGGCGGUGCUGGCGUUCCCCGUUGGAGCGUUUGUCGUGUUCACAUUCUGGACUCUCUACCUCUACGACAGAGAGCUGGUCUACCCGAAGCUGCUGGAUAACUUCAUUCCUCAGUGGCUCAACCACGGCAUGCACACCACCGUUCUUCCCUUCAUCAUCAUCGAGAUGCGGACCACCCACCACAGCUACCCCCGUCGGUCCUGGGGGCUGGCCGCCGUCUGCCUGUUUGGCGUCGGAUACAUUCUCUGGACGUGUUGGGUCCACCAGGUGACCGGUGUCUGGGUUUACCCGGUCCUUGAACGCAUCACGCCGCUGGCUCGGGUCGCUUUCUUCAGCGCCUUGACGGCCGUGAUCUGCAUCAUGUACGUCCUGGGAGAGAUCCUGAAUGGAUACAUCUGGGACCACACACACACAGAAAAGGUCAAAGGUGAGUGACCUCCUCUGCCUCCAUAGCCGCUUUGCGGACCGAGCCGAAGCCAGAACCACCGGACCUCGCUGGACCGGCAGCAGACCAGCUGAGGAGCAGAACCUGUAAUCAUCAGUGAACCUUUGAGUCGGAUGACGACGAAUCUUCUCUCGUUUUUGUUUGUGUCUUCGUGUCGUUUUGCUCUGAAUGUUCGGCUGCAGAAAGCCGAGCUGCAUGAGUUCUGGGAGGAAACCCAAACAGCUUCUCACCAGCCGGAACCGACGGUUCCUGCAGAACAAAUCAUCCUCCAUCUCAUCGUCACACUACAUUUCUGGAGGAAACUUGUGGUUGUUUUAAGGUGCAAAUAAAGCUUGAACAAAUCUGCA